AGGAGGAGAGACUGCUGAGGUGGAGACAGAGGGGACCCUGAGACAACACGUCCCACGCCAGAGCCAGACAGCCAGGGAACUUUGAUUUGACGCCAAGUAGCCCGCGACGAAAAUGACGAUGAAGAGCAAGAGCCACGUUUCUUCUUCUUUUUGGGAGGCUUAGACAUGUCGGGCGUGUGCAACAUAUGAUGUCCUUGGACUCAUGUGCUCAAUGAAGAUUUAUUUGUCUGUGAUUUCGCUCUUCCACUCGCUGAUGGUGCCGCUCCGUUGUGCCUGCACUUAGGUCAGCCGAAUGCAUUUGAAGGCAGUCUGAGCGCAUUGUUUCCAGCUCCGUUGCAUAUGGGAUUUCCAGCCGUGAUGUCUGCAAUAUUUCGCUCUUUGUUUCUCGUUCUAUUCAGCCUGCUGUCAGUGGGUGCCCAGACGGAGAUGAAGAAGGUCGUUGGGGACAAUGCCACCUUACCAUGCCACCAUCAGUUCCCGUCAUCCAACUCUCUUGACAUCGAGUGGCUACUGCAGAAGCCAAACUCCAAACAGAAAGUGAUCAUUACCUUCUUUGGGGGCCAGGUGUACACCAAUGAGGCGACGGGCGGUGAGGCCAGCCGCCUGUCCUUUGCCGGGGAAUACCUGGGUGGAGACGCCUCCCUGCUGAUCAGUGACCUGCUGCUGACCGACUCCGGGGAAUACUACUGUAAAGUCAAGACUGGGGGAAAGUACCACUGGAGCCAGGUCAACCUCAUUGUGUUGGUCAAACCUUCCAAGCCGAGGUGCUGGAUGGAUGGCAAACUCCAUGAGGGCAGUGAUGUGAAGCUGAGCUGUAAGUCCAGCGAUGGUUCUGAUCCCAUCAACUACAAGUGGGAGCGAGUGCUGGACAAAGGCAAGAGUCUGGGCAAAUUGCCAAACCUGGCACUGAUAGAUCUCAAGAACCCAGAGAUUGUGACCCUGAGGAAUCUCACCAUGGACAGCACAGGUGUCUACAGGUGCACAGCCAGCAAUGACGUUGGAGAGGAAAACUGCACUAUUGAAGUCACAAUGCAGCAUGUGAGGGAUGUAGGUAAGGUAGCAGGUGCAGUGGUGGGAAUAUCCCUGGGUGUCCUCAUUGUCAUAUUAAUCAUCUGGCUCGUCUUCCGGAAGAAAGAGAAGAAGAAGUAUGAGGAAGAGGAGACCCCAAAUGAGAUCAGGGAGGAUGCCGAAGCUCCCAAGGCCAAGCUAGUGAAGCCCAACUCCCUGUCUUCGUCCCGUUCCGGCAGCUCACGCUCCGGUGCCUCCUCCACCCAGUCCAUGGUGCACAACGUGGGAGGGAGGGGGGGCAUGUGGGGUGAUUCUCUGAUUCAUGUCACCCUGCACCUCCAACUAGCUGCUCCCAGCACCUGCUCUGAAACCACAAACCCCUUUGUCUCCCUGUGGGCUGGGCCCGAUUGUGCCCAUCCAUGUGGACAGACACAGUGCGCUGCGUGUGCAUCAUCUGCCUCAGUGCUAUCGGUCUUUCGUGCUCUCAUAACGGACCCGUGAGAAACCACAGCGGUCCUGAGAGUAACUCGGCUGACUCACAAACAGCUCAUCUGCUUUACCAAUCAGCAGGGGAAACUUCAGGUACAAGGAUGUAGCAUUGACAGUGGAGUCAAAUCAAUGGAGUUGUUACCCCCUUUCCCUCCCACAUCCACAUCCUCCACAUCUAUGGACAUCCUUUUCUGGUACUCAAUAUCUUCCCUGAAUUAUUAAAUAGUAUGUAUUAGGCCUAUAGCGAGUCAAUACUUUAAAUAUAGGGGUUAAGCAUCUAUUAGACCAGCUGGACUUGUUUUUAUUUUAUUUUGUUUCUGUUCUCCUGUGUCUCUUCUCUCUGAACAGGUUGUAAAGGGUGACAGACAGCUGUGUGUCCAUUCAUCCAUAUUAAGAAGUGCCACCAAUCCCUAGGAUGGGUUAUUAUUGUUGCUUUUUUAGUCUUUUGUUUACCUGCUACAUUUCUGAACUGAAACCAAAAUCUGUCACCAUGAAUGUGUGAUGUAUAACGAUGGUGGAUCCCAUUAUUUUCAGCUUCCUAUAAGGUGCUGAAUCAAUAUUUGAGCUACGGCACAAAGAAUUGACCUUGACGUUCAAUUUUACAAUUACUGUUUCUGAAUGAAGGGAGCGAGGAGUAUGAUUCUAGACUUAAAUUGUAUAGGGUGUGUAUGAUAUCAUUGUCAGGGCUCUCCCUGGAUCCAUAACAAUGGAGUGGCACUCGAUUGCUGUCUCGCUGAAUCACGGAGUCCUGCUUGGUUAUUGGUCGAGCUGUGCAAACCAAUCGUCAGUUGUCGCAUCCUCAUACAGACCCAGUGCAGUUUGAUUGAAAGUAUCUGAAAAAAGGGCAAGUAGCCUAUCUAGUGUGCCUUUGCAAUCCCUCUUCCCUUUGAUGGUUUCUUUCUUUGUCCUUAUCUUCAGCACACCAGUGGUUAAGUCUCUGUUCACAUCCAGCUUUGAGGGUCAACAGUAGCAAAUGCUGAGAGAUAUAACUUCACAAACUUGCCCUAGUAAUAACAGAUGCAGCCUAGGGAGCACCAAGCAGAGUGAAUUAUCCAUGGUGAGAAAGCAAUCCCAUGCCAUGGGACAAUGUACUGUACAUUCUGUAAUCAGUCUUGUUUUAUAUUGUACAUACAGAUAGAUAUACGCACAUGAUGUCAUUUAAUUUAAUAAAUAAGGGUAUGUGAGGGGAGAUAUACCCCUUGCAAAAGAGUCAAAUGGGACCCAAAAGUGAAUUUAAACCGUGUGUUUUUUGUACACAUGUUGUGUUAAAAAAGUGAAGCCCCCUAUAAACAAAUAUUAUCAUAUUAAUGGCAAAAAAAUAAAUUAAUCCAAAGUCCAAAGCAAGAUAUCUUCACUAUAACUAUUGGCCAGAUUCUCUUCAGUUUUUGCAUGGAUUUUAUCGAUCAGCUGGGAAUAAUUUCUUAGUGACACCGUGACCUUAAGCAUCACUAUUGGAUCAAAAUUCUCUCUUGGCCAGAUAUUGGGCACUGGCAAGCUAUUUUAAAAAGUAAGUGCCAGAUGUCCAUAAAAUCUGCCAUGAGUAUUUAUAGUCAACACACAACCCUGACCUUUAAUCUGACACACCAUAUAGCUAAAAUUUCUACUUGUGCACGAGAUAGUUCCAUUGGCAGAUUGUCAUGAAGUUUUGUAAGCAUGCGUCAAAGGAAAUGAGCAGUUUUUUAUUUUAAUGCCUUUACUCUCAGGACAAACCUAACAAUUUAAGCUCCACUGUUGGUUCUAAGAGCAAAUAAUCAGUAUGCCAAACAAUUUAAUAUUAUAGCUCGUAAUUGUUAUUGCUAUUUAGAGACUUGUUUAGUCUUGUUUCACUUAUAAAUCACUUAUAAAUCUAAACUUUCUCUCACUACAGUAAAAAAUAGGUCACAUAAGAUGAAAAAACUCAUAAAGCAACAUCUGCCCGAGAAGCACAUGUGGUUUGACUUCACAUGCGGGAUUUCACGUGUGACUUAACUGUAAGGGACAUACUAAGAAAAAUGCCUUUUAUAUUCAACUAGAGACAGCAGUUCAUAUUUGAGCAGGGAAGCUACUGUGUGUGUGUGUGUGUGUGUGUGUGUGUGAGUGUGUGUGGGUUUUUUUGUGUGUGUGUUUGUGUGUUUGUUUGUUUGUGUGUCUGGGCUUGCGUGCUUGCAUGCAUCCGUGCAUGUUUGUGAAUGUGUGUGAGUGUGUAUGUGUGGGUGUGUGCAUGUAAAUUCAGUAUAAGCCCUUGGGCCACACCCACACAUCCUCAUGUUAGCCAUUCAAUGAGUGAGAGAGAAACAGUCAGGCAAAGUAACCUCUAUCCAAAUUGAUAUGACUGCAGACUGGCAGUGUUUAUUUUAGUUUUCACUGACUUAUAUGCCUAUUGCACUUGGCUUCACAGACAGCAGUCAUGUUUUUGCUUGUGGGGGUGGUGUCUUGAGACAAAGCACGUCCAUAAUUCAUAACUAUUGUCAGCUCUGGAGGCCACUUGUUUGCUCCCUCCCUGCUCUUGCUGUCUCUUAACAUAGAAUGCACGUGGCCCUGGGUGUACUGAUGGCAUCUCAAGGCGCACACAUGCACACACACACAAUACAAACAGGUAAAAGUUGUACAUACACACACAUCAACAGGUACACGUGGCACAUUCAGGUCCACACGGGUGUGUGCUUCAUGCACAGUCACAGUUGCACAUACACACAGGCACACACAGUUUGCACAAACAAAAGCCCAAACAGCCAUUCUUGUUAUUUCGGCUGCUUCAGAAUCAAUUUGAUGGAUCGAAUGUCUGGAGGUAUUACGACUGACUGAUGGAACCAGGAUUCUAAAUGCAGCACAGAAAGGGACACUCUACACUGCAUCACCCAGGGAACACACACACA